UACGUCACGAGCUCUGUCCAUCCAUGCAUAUGCAGGCGCACGCAGAGAUAGGACCCGUCUGCAAGCAUGCCGUUGCGUUCGCUCAGCCGUAAACUGCAAGCUUACCCUGCUGCGAACCGGUUAAAUUAGGCUCUAUUCCGACGAUUCCAUCUAUAAGCCGUCCCAUUGUCGCGGCACAAGCCCUGCAUCUCGCCCACACGUAUCUUCUCCAUUCUGCUUAAUUUUUUUUUCAAUUUCGCCAAAAUGCCUCACUCAAUUCUUUCGUGCAGCGGUCUGGCCCUGGCUCUUCUUCCCGCUGCGUUUGGUACAGCCGCGUUACUGUACCCUGACGCCGCUUUAUCGGCGGUAUUUAGCUUCCCUGCCCCCAAGGAUGCCACAGCACAGGAGCUUACGAGCUCAAUCAUGCGCGUUUACGGUCUCCGGAAUAUUGCGGUCAGCUAUCUGUUAGCGCUCAUCUGGUCUACUGGUAAUGAUAAGCUCAAGGGUCGUGGGUUGCUUGUUGGGUUGCUCUUAUGUGUGGGAGACGGCAUGAUCAGCCACCAUCUGAUUGGGGAGGGCCAAUGGAAUCACUGGGCGUAUGUACCUGUUAUUGGUGGCGUGUGUGCCGGAUUGCUGGGAUGGUUCGAUUGACAGAUCGGCCCUGGAACCUACAUACUGGUUCCCAUUCUUUGCGCCGAGCUGAACUCUGACGUGUACUGUGUAGUAUCCGGUUGAUUGACCAUGGUUCAAACGCCAUCGCCAGCCGUUUCUUUACCUUUUCUUUUCAGAUCUAGAUAGAAUGACCAGUCACUGUAAAUGAACGCCACAGGUCGUAGAUUCGCCAUCCUUGACCGCUGUUUGAAGCCUCUUUCUCUGCGCA